AUGUCUACACCAGAUGUUUCUUUAUCUCAACCAUCUCAGAACCUGUCUGAAGAAUUUGCUGAGGCUGCACGACAGCUUAAAAAAGAAGCUCCAAGAAUCCAGUUUGGCAAAAUUGAUGUCACACACUAACAUGAUUUGAGAAAAGAAUUUAAUAUUCGAGAGUUUCCCACUGUGAAAUCUUUCGUGGAUAGCAGCAGGGGAGAUCCCAUAGACUGCAAAGGAGUCAGACAGGCCUCAGCCUUUAUUACAUGGGUGAAAAGAAGAACAGGACCUAGCACUGUUUUAAUCAACUCUACUGAUCAGGCUGAAGCCAUCAUAAAUGCUGAUGAUUUGGCAGUGAUUGGCUUUAAGAGUGGAACAGAUGUUGAGUCUUUUGUUUCCCCGACAUCUGUGAAGAUUUUUGAUGUCCCUGUUGAAAAUCACAUCCUGCUGUUCACCCCAGCGAACUCGGAGACAUUCAAUGUGAUUUAUGAAAACUACAAGUCUGCUGCUGCGGAAUUUAGAGGAAAGAUAACGUUUGUCUUGGUCGAUACUAAUGAAACAAGGAAUAGAUGAGGUUUUGAGUAUUUUCGCAUCAGGGAGGUUGAUGUUCCUGCUACGAGAAUCCUAAAUCUGACAAGCGAUGCAAAGUACAAAAUGCCUGCAGAUGAGGUGACUGUGGAGAAUCUAAAAGAAUUUUGCCAGAGCUACCUAAAUGGAAAAGCAAAGCUACAUGUCUCUAGUGAAGAAAUUCCAGAGGACUGGGACAAGAUGCCUGCUAAAGUGCUUGUUGGGAAGAAUUUCAACAGGAUUGUCUUCAAUAAGAUCAUAACUGUGUUUGUUAUGUUUUAAGGCCCUUGGUCCUAUGACUGCAGAAAACUCCUGCCAAUCUGGGAUAAGCUAGGAGACCAAUAUGAAAAUCACAAAGACAUAAUCAUUGCAAAGACAGAUGUCAGAGCAAACAACAUCCUGUCCAUUGGAUUAGAACACUAUCCAUUCUUCAGACUCUUUCCUGCUGGACCAGAUUACCAGGUGAGAAGCUGUUGGGGAAGAAUGUACAGACACAGCUGCACACCGAGGGGGGAUAUGUGUGUGUGUUUGCAUGCACGUGCAUGUCACAGUGAGAAAGGAGUCCUUUAAGCAAGAAAACUUUGGUCCUUAUCCACUCAACACUGGAUUCAUUGCUGUCAAGAAUCCAAAUUAGAGGAGAAACCCUUCUAUCAUCUUCUCCUAUGUGUGAGGCUGUGGCAAGAGCCAAUGUAUCAUUUACCGACUCAGACCUACAAGUCAUUACAGCCUUACGUUCUGCUGUUUAACAGCCUCCAAUCUGCCUGUUGGGUUCUAGCAACAGUCUCAACUCAGAGUGAACUCACAGAUACCUCCUAAUCAUUGCAGUGCCUUUUUAGUUCAAACCAGGACAAGAGACGUACCGUCACAGAACUACCCUGUGCCAGUUGUUUCUGGAGCAGCUAUGACUACAGCCUCUAAAAUGCUGGUAUUACUCUUGUUACAUCCUCUACAUUUUCACAAAACCCAAAUCCCAAAAUUUCACUGUAUACACUUAUGCCAGUAAUUUUACUUAAUUCCAGUACCACAGCCUCAAUUGGGAAUAAAUACUUGUUGUCAAGACCAAUGAUCUUUACAAUAUGUUACCUAAUGCAUCAGCUGUGUUACACAAUAAUCAGAAAAUGCUGCUGAAAGGAGGCAAAGAAAAAUAUUAAAUAGUUACAUUCCUCCAUCUACACAGAUAAUCUAAUUAAAAAGAAAGUAUCUCUGAAGAAAAAAAAUUAAAUUCCAAGAUACUGUUGUAAUUAAGACAUUACUAAGCUUUUCAUUUUUCUUCUUAGACCUAAACUUAAAUUAAAUUCUAAGACAUUUGCCCAUGUCCUCAUUUAAUCUUUGAGGGAGAGAUUUUCCUCCUGGAUGUGCAUGCACAGCUUCUAAUGAAUUGAACUGCAGUCUUGCACACUCGCACCGUGUUUAGUCUUUAUGCAGAAAAGCAGAAACCCAUUAAAUGCUCAUAAUA